GACCAUCUCCACUGCAUUUUUUUAUUCACUAGCUUUUAUUAUGUUGCCAUCUCUCGCAAACAGAUCUAUUCAUAAAGUCGCGCUCUCUGGAGCGCGCAGAACGAUAUCCAGUCUCCUCCACGGAUCACCAGAAGCGAAGAAAGCAGGAGAUAUCGAGAUUCAACAGCACUCAAGGAUAGUUGCUAGGGGAAAAUAUGUUCACGGCUUCGAGGUUCAUCGAGUUCAGCCAGGGGCGCUUGACGAGUACAAAGCCGCAGCGGAGAAGUACUACGCUGGAAUAAAGGAUGAUCCACAGUUACACGUCAAGCUGACCGGAAGUUGGGAAACCGUGGUGGGACAACAGGACACUUUUGUUCAUAUACUCGAAUACGAGAAUUACGCCGGCUUUGACAAGACCACUGCACUCAUAAGAACGUCAGAUCACGCCAAAGCGUACAAGGCGCUCCUACCUUACGUUACCUCACGGUCAUCUCAGCUCACGCAAGAGUUUGCUUUCUUUCCCACUGCACCACCCCACGCCCAAGGCGGCAUCUUCGAGCUUCGGAGCUACCAGUUAAAACCAGGAACACUACUUGAGUGGGAGAAUGCAUGGCGGAGAGGGAUCGAAGCUCGUCGCAAGUUCGUCGCUCCCAUCGGAGCUUGGUUCUCGCAGGUUGGAAGAUUACACCAGGUGAACCACAUGUGGCAAUACCCGUUCGUUCACCAAUAGAUACUUCACGUUGAUAUAACUGAUGUCUUGCGAACAGGAGUCUCGAGGCAAGGAAAGAGUUACGUGAGAAAGCAUGGCAGAUUGACGGUUGGGCGGAGACUGUGUCUAAAACUUCCCAGCUUGCGACGCACAUGGAUUCAUUCAUUCUGCUCCCGCUCUCUUACAGCCCUUUGAAAUGAGGACGCACAUAGCCGUGCGAGUGAUGUUCCAGGAUGUUCCGCUCUGUCUAUUGCGAGCAUGCUCCUCAUCGAAUCCGAAUGAAGCCUAAGGCGAGCCUCAGGCUCCUGAUAUCUUAUCUUGCGUCGGCCAUGUUCUAUUUAUAUACUCCACCAUGCUAAGGACUAAACGCCAUUGCAACUGUAUUACCCUCAAUACCUCUUCAUCCAUUCCGCGUAGUCGUUUAUGCAUCCGCUGUCGCUUUGAAAUGGAGAGCACAAUGCUUUUUU